GCUAAAUUAUCGUUACAUACGAGUAAUGUUCGAAUGUCUUCAUAACUCAACUUUGCAAGUUUUAAAAAUGAAAUUUUUUUGUUGAAAAAAUGCACCCUGUACAGUUGACUAAUCAAAAGCACUACCAUUUAAUUUUUCGAGCACGAAAAAAUGUCCGAGAGAGUGAUUGUAACCGUGAAUGAAGGUAGGGUUCGAGGAAUCAAACAAACGUCUCAUUAUUCCAGUACCGAGUAUUAUUCUUUUUUCGCAGUUCCCUAUGGACAGCCUCCAGAAAACCAUCUCAGAUUCAAGGAUCCUGUAAAAGUUAAACCCUGGAAAAAUAUUUACGAAGCGACCGUAGAGAAACAAGGAUGUGCGCAGUUUUCGCAUCAAACUUAUCAGUUGUUGGGUACAGAGGAUUGCCUGUAUUCGAACAUACACACUCCGAAACUCCCCAAAAAAGGAGACCCACUUAAACCUGUGAUUGUCAACAUACAUCCAGGAGCUUUUGUUUAUGGAUCACCUGAUCCUAAUCAAUAUGGAAAUCCUGCUUUUAUCAUGAAUCGUGAUGUGGUCUACGUAGGUAUAGCAUACAGGUUGCAUAUUCUAGGAUUUUUAAACCUACGCAUGAAGGAGUGCUCGGGAAACCAGGGAAUUAAAGAUAUCAUCUUGGGACUCGAAUGGAUCAAAUCAAAUAUACAUUUCUUUGGUGGCGAUCCAGACAACAUAACUCUACUUGGAAGCAGCAGUGGUGGUAUUGUAAUCCAGAUGUUGAUGGUAUCUCCUAGAUCCCAAGGUUUAUUUCACAAAGUGGUGGUAAUGGGAUGCUACCUAUUUAGUCCUGUGUUACCAUUUGAGGAAGAGAACUCCCAUUACGCGGUCAAAAUUUCCCAAGAACUAGGUUUCAACUCUAGUGAUGACGAUUUCAAAAAAAUUCUAACAUUUUUGAGAAAAAUACCAGCACAAAUACUUGUUCAACAAACCAAGAAACAUGACCGAGCCAAUUACGCGAAACAAGCAGCAAUAUUUCCCACUUGUGUUUUCCUACCAACACUCGACUAUGGAGAUAAGGCAGUGUUACCAGAGCAUCCUAGAAAACUGCUCCAGUCUUCUAUGAAAAUACCAGUCUUAUUUGGAAUCACUGAACGAGAAUCUGUGAUGGGAUUCUGCAGAGGAGAUUUGGUGCUAGGAACACAUCUCCACUUCGCUAAUUCCUAUUGCCAAAAUUCUAUGGGUUGGGGAUACCACUUGAGUGAGGAGCAGGUGCAAGAAAAUUAUGAAAAAAUCAAGUCAUUUUAUCAACUCAGUAAUCCUAUUGAAAAUGUCAAGCUAUCGUUGAAAGUUGACGUUCAAACUGAUGCAGCCUUUUCUGACAUUUAUGAUACGAUGAUCGAUUUCGUAGCCCCUUCGGCUACUUAUGUUUAUAAAUUCGAAUUCGAAGGUGAAAUAAAAUCAACCAAAGAUACCAUCGAAGUGUUACUAAGGGAGUCACUGCCAGGAAGUUUCCAUGGGAGUGACUUCAGUUACUGGAAUUACGUCAGCGAUCCUUUGAAUAAAGAGACCCAACAAAUGGUCGAACAUUUUACCAAAUUCAUUUCCGCUUUUGCAAAAUCUGGGGACCCAAAUUAUGAAAAUUGUCCCGUAAAAUGGAUCCCAUCGACUCCAGAAACACCUCGUUAUUUGAGUAUUAAUAGUACCAUGAGAAUGGUCGAUGGUAGACUGAAUCAUGCUCGAUUUAUAUUCUGGGAUACUCUGAAGAAAUAUUCACAGAACAAAUGAAUGCAUGAAGAUAUUUGCACGUGAUCUAAAAUAAUAGUCUAUAAUUUUGGAAAAUAAAUUUGUUUUUCUUUUUUAUAAUGAAAUGAAUUUGAAAUCUUG